UACAGCACACACCCCAGAUUUCCCUGUCGGAGAUAUGGUGGUGAGAGCUGGUCACAUUCAAAGUUUAACACCGAGUUCAGGAGGAAGUGAAAAACAGUGAGGGUAGGGAAGUUGUGAUGUCUUUAUUCUCCAGGGUAAAGAAGAUCUUCAUCUCUGAGAAAAAGCCCCAAACGCCCUUGGGCUUCUGUGAUGGGCCUGGGAAGAGGAGUGAGUGGAGGAAUUGCCUAACAUGUAGGUGUGCAACUCCAGACAAAUAUGAUCACCUCAUGUAUGAUCCUGAUAAUGUAUUCCAUGCUGCAGUGUGCUCCGGGAAAGUUAGCAGAGUACAGAGUCUCUUAAGUCAGGAAAAAUGGAAUGUCAACGACAGAGAUAAUAACAACAGAACUGCUCUACAUUUUGCAUCCUGUUAUGGAUAUGAAGAAAUAGUAAAUAUUUUAGUGGAAAACAAUUGUGAAAUUAAUGCGACUGACAACCAGAAGAUAACCCCAUUGGUAAAGGCAGUACAAAUGUGUGAAGAAGCCAUCGUAUCUUUACUCCUUGAAAAUGACGCUGACCCAAAUAUAAAGGACGCAAAUGGCAACACAGCUCUGCACUACGCAGUUUACGUGGGCAAACCACCGAUUGCUGCCCUUCUUCUUUCUUAUGGAGCCAACAUCGAGGAAAAGACAAAGGAUGGCUUCACUCCUCUACUCCUGGCCCUCAGAGAAAACCAGCUACUAGUGGCAGAAUUCUUAAUAGUAAGGGGAGCAAAUAUACAUGUGUCUGAUGACCGGCAAAGAACGACGUUAAUGUAUGCUGUCAAAUCUGACUCAAAACAUAUUGUUGAUCUUCUGCUUAAGCGUGACAUUGAUGUAUUUUUAAAAGACUCCUUCGGCUGGAAUGCAGUGAGAUAUGCUAUUAUCGGUAAUCGUAAAGUUGCCCGUGCUAUUUUAGACUGUCAAGAUUCAAUAAUUAGACAUAUCCGAAGGUCCAAUCAAGUAUAUGCUUCUGAAGACUUCUCUUUGUACAGAACUCUUACGGAAUCUUCUUCAGGAAUUACCUUGUUUACACCACUUAGGGAUAAGUUUAGUGCCCACAUCAAGGGUAUAUCUGGGAAUACAGCAAUGAAGGAAGCACACAGUGAAGCUCCCCCUAUACAUGAGGCAAGAAAGGAGGAAGGAAACCCUGAAAAUGGACCAGAGGAAGGUGCGGACCCUUUGGUGAAGACAUAAACUUCAUGCUAAGUUCCAGCUCAGAGGCUCCUUCAUCGCACAUGUUUAAGAGAUUGCCUCUUUGAAUCCAUGACUCAAGACAGCUCAGUGUUUAAAAAUUCACCUUUUCGGACCUGUGGGUCAUGUCACUUCUUGAUUACUGAGUUGCCUAUCUGUGCUGGUGGGUAAGGUCAGGCCAUGCUUAAACAAGUGUUUCUAGGAACGCGUGGGUUAGCUGCACGGAAGGUGAAGAAACCACCUCUCUAAGGUGUGGAUGGUUUCAGAGCCUUGUUAAGCACCACCUUCAUGGGCCCAUGAGUGAGGUCAGCACAUACUUAAGAAAUGACCUCUCUGGCGCUGUGGGUCUGGUCAGCUAAUUUCUAGGAGUGGACUCAUUGGGUCUCUGGGCUAUAUCAAGUAAGUUCACUUUUUAUCAUAUCGCUUAUAUCACUUUAAGUGCUUAAAGACAAACAGUAAUAUCACCACACAUUGUGUAACCGUAACUCCUGUGUUUAAAUUCUGGCUCGGUCACCAACCAGUGAUAAUGAACUUGUCCUUCCCUAUCUAUGCCGAACUCCUCCUUUUACAACCUCACAAGAUUGUUGUGGCGCAUCCACAUAGUUUCACACAUGUGCUUAGAAUAAUGUGUAUUCAUUGUAUAGUCGGUCCUGAAAAAUAUUAAUUGCUGUUUAGAGUUUUUUGGGUUUUAUUUAUUUAUUUAUUUAUAUUUUACGUACAUUGGUGUUUUGCCAUGAGUGGGUAUCCUGGAACUAGAAUUACAGACAGUUGCUGGGAAGUGAACCCGGGUCCUCUGGAAGAGCAGUCAGUGCUCUUAACCACUGAGCCAUCUCCCCAGCCCCUGUUUAGAGUUUUUAAAGGUUUGUCAGAUCCAGACUUCAGAACUUAUAUGUUGGUGUUAGUGCAUUUAAAAAAUACUUUUUAUUGAUAAUUUUUAUCUUUUGUCUCUUAUUUAUCCACUGACAAUUUUAAGCCAUGUACAUGAAUCUCAAUUCUGUCUACUCCUAGCUUUCCCCCUUCAGAAUUCCUGGACACGUUUCAGCAUGCACCUUCCCUCCUAAAUGUUUUCAUUAUUUUGUGACUCACUGAGUCUUAGCGAAGUCCACUAGAAUACUGACUGGUCUUGUGCUUUCAAGAUUAAUCUUAAGAGAUGAAAUUAAUAUAUGGACUCCAAACCCUACCCAAAGUUUCUUAAGGUGGCAGAGCCUGCUAAAUUCACAACAGUUUAAAAAGUUGAAUCCCUCUUCUUAACACUGUAUCUUUAACUAAUCUCCCAUUGUUCAUUGGUCUAUUAUUCUCACAAGUCUUCCUUACCUCGAGUGAAUGCAAUAUAAGUAUGUAACGGACAAAAUAUUGUUGAUCCCGAUAGCAUCCUUUGACCAACACUGAUGAAGAAAAAUUAUUCAUUAUAGAAUUGUGACGACCGUUAAGAGCUUCAGUUUCUCUUUUCACAGAAUCUCCAGUUCUAGCUCUUAUCCUGAAAUUUAAUAGAAAUUCCACUUCUUAUAUCUCCACCUCAGACAUAAACACAGGAUUAUUGUUCAUUCCAGCUUGAUCCAGCCUACCAGUCUGCUCAAUUUUAUAAUGAGGUCCAUCUCAAGUUCUAAGUGUGAACUAUGUGGAGUUUUAUGAAGUUUAGCACAUGCAGUCUCUUACAAAGUAACAUUAGCCACCAUUUUUUUCUCAAUCCCACCAUAAGAAGUGAACCACCUACUUUAUCAAUACUUAUAUGUGCACAAGCUCAAAUUACUGCUUCUACCAGUAGAAUCAUAGCCAUAAUAUGAUUUACGUAUCCACAAGCAAAGUCUGUCUGAACUCAUUGAUUUAACUGAAUGAGCUUCAAAUUUUGCUUUAAAUUUUUAAUGUUGGCCAUGUUUGCUGCAGGUUUAUUUGCUCUUUAUGUCAGAGUACACUAGCAUCAUUGUAAUAAAUUGCCUAGCUACUGUUUUUGAGAAGUGUUAUAUAGCCUUUGCCACAAGUUUUACUGAAAUCUGUAGUUAAAACUCUAUCACUUACCACUACAUUUAGAUUACUCUCAGUCCUGAUAUGAUCAAAUGAUGCAGUAUGCAGAAAUCCCUUCUCUUGUUUGUAUUUAUGUAUGUGCAUAUUUCUUUACCUAUUAUACCUAUUUCUACAGAAUUUUCAAAUAGUUAAUUUGAUAAAGUAAAUAACAGAGAUUAAAGCCCUUAUAUUUAGAAUUGUAAGAAUUGAACCUGCUUCUUCCAAUUCGAAACUCUCCUUGUCAUGAGUUACACAAUCUGUUAUUCUAAGCUAGAUGUCAGGUUUAUGUCUUGAAGCAUUUGUGUAUGACCUUCCUGGGUUAAUGUAUCCACUUAUUUAUUAUUUAUCUAACAUUGCCUCAGCAUCUUGACUACCACACAAAUCACACUAGGAUGUGAAUCUAAUAAAGAACUCUACUGCUUAUUUGCGAAGAAACUACACAAUAAUGUCUAAAUUGUGCAACUUCAUAAAGGAAUGUAUUUCUUCUCAUUUAUACUGGGUAUUAGCAUAUUUUAAUACCCAAAACUAGGUGUAGCUGUACAGAAGACUUUAAUUGCAUAUCAUCCAUUCUUCUAAUUAUGUGGACAGUUUUCCUAUUUCAGUUUUUAUUUAUUUAUACAAAACAUUACAACCAAGCACUAAUUUUGCCAAUCAAAUAUGUUUUUAAUUGUAAGUACAAUGACAAAGUACAAUUUCUCUAAUUUUUCUCAUCCAGAAAACAUUCUUUUGUGUUGAGACUGAAUUAACUACAGAAGAGCUCUUGGUUGAGAGACAGGUACAGACUUUUUCAUAUUUACAUUUCAGAACGCUGCUCUGGGGAUGCAAGCCCCAGAGAUUCGGCUGUGUUUCUUUUAAGAUGGCGUAUCACCUGCUUACUUACAAAGAGAAUCACUUUUGUUUUCCUCAAUCAACUAAUUGUACAAGUUCUUUCUCUGCCCUACAGAAAAGUAGGCUCAAUAGGAAUUGAAGCAAUGUUUUCCAAAUCUGAUGAAAACUCUAGACACACAUAUCUAAAAGUCUCAAUAUACACAAAGCAAAAAUCCAUGUGAAACAGCACUUGAACACACACACACACACACACACACACACACACACAAUGAAACUGCUGAAAUGGAGUAAUAGAAAACCAAAUAGUAAAAUAUCCACAGGAAAAAGACGUAUUACAAAAAGAGACAAAUAUAAAUGAAAAAGUUCUUUCUUAGAUAGGAUUUCUAUUGCUGCAACGAAACACCAUGAAACACUAAAAAGCAAGUAAGUGAGUUAAUGUGGCUUACAUUUGCAUGUAACUUCAUCAUGAGAGGAAGUGUGGAUACGAAGUCGAAAGGGCAGGAACAGGAGCUAACACAGAGAUGGCCAUGGAGCGGUGCUGCUUGCUGGCUUGCUCCUCGCCUGCUCAGCCUGCUUUCUUACAGAGUCCAGGACCAGAGCCCACGGCUGGUAUAGGAAAGAUUCUCAAGCUUAUAAAGACUUUUUAUUACUCCAUCAAAGCAUUUUCUUAUACAAGAUAUUGAAUUUAUUUGCAGGUUUUCUUUAUUAUAAAUAAUUCUCUUUCUUAUUUUUGUCUCCAAACAUUGGCAAAAUUGAAAUGACUUUUACAAAGAUAAUGAGGAAAAAUCAGUGCAUCAGUGCUCCCUUUAUAGUUCAUAGCUUUCCUCCUUGAUUUUCUCCCCUUUAGCAGCGUUUGCUGGAAGAGGGAACAGCAAUUUUCUCCAAAAGAGUGACCCUGGCUAAAGCACAGGGCAGGCCUCGCAUUUAGGAUUAGCAGACGUAUGACGGACUUGGCAGUGUCUGUGUGCGCAUGUGCGCGCUUGCAUACGUGCUUUUAUUUGGUUACGGUUUUACGACUUUUUUCUCUUUGUAUUUUAUUUUCAUGAUGUGGAGGGGGUUGUUGUAUUAGGUUUUUGUUUUUCAAGAAAGAAGUCAAAGUUGGUGGCUAGAAAGUGGACUUGAAGCUGGGCGGACUUUAGGGAGGGGAAAAUAUAUUUAAAAAACGAUUUUAAACAACACAAAGUAAACUUUAAAAAGGUAAAUGAUGGUAUUUUUCUGAGAUCUUGGAUGCCUAAUGGUUUCUUUGGAAAUAAAUGUAAUGAAAACCAAUUGUCGAGAUUCUAAACAUUUUGUCUUACAACAUUUUUUCCUUCAAAGAUAUUGAGGUUCUCCUUCAUUUGGUUAUUUAAUAACUUUUAGAAUAAAAAUAAAGACUAAUUAUAACUACCAUAAAUUUUUUACAUAAUUUUUAUUGAUUCUUUGGGAUUUCAUAUCAUGUACCCCAAACCCCUCAUUUCCCAAUACCUCCAUAUUUGUUCCUCACUCCCACAGUGUCCCCCAAAAGAAAGUUUAAAAAAAAUAAUAAUUCAAAACAAAACAAACGAAAACCGCACUGCGCUCCUUUCUCACCUCGCCAGCACCCAACCCUUCCGUCAUCCCAGCGGCACUGAGAGCUGCGGUGGGGCCCACAGUCCACCGUUUGUCCACUCAGCUUUACUGGCAAACGUUCGUUGCAAUCUGUUGGUCUGUUGGAGGCCUCUGACUUCUGGUGCACCAUCAAUACUGGGCCCUCACCAAAGCUCCUCUCAGACAUCCUGCUGUUGCCUCUAGUUAUGGAGAUCCUGCAGCGAUUGCUCCACAGAACCAGUCCCUUCACACAGUUCCACGGGUCCUAGAUGGAGUAGGUAUCAGGGUGGUCCAACUCAAAACCCUCGAUGUGACUCUGGGUGGUAGCUGAUUUGGUCAGUCCGGGCUGCUGGGAAUGCGCCCCUCAGAGGAGGGACAGUGUCAGCUCUUCUAAGCCCCUACUAUCAGGGCAAGAGGUGGAGCCAUCUGUCCCAUGGGGGGCGGGACCAACUGCUUUGCAAGGGUGGUUCUGGUUCAACAUGGCCUUCAGAUUCCAAUAACCAUGGUUCCUAUGGCCCCCUGGGGUAACAUGGGCCAUGGAGAGCAACACAGACCCUAGCUGCAGCAGGAUUACAGGCCCGGACAUGGCCCCAGGGGCAGCACAGACCACCAGAUCAGUAUGGCUCUGGCAGUGGCAUGGCCAUAGGACACCAACAUGGUCUCAGGUGACUGAUCAGAUCCCAGAAAUCCACGUGGCCUUUGGUGGCAAGAUAGGCCACGGAAGUCAGCACAGACCCUGGCUGCAGUAGGGUCACGGACCCGGAUGUGAUCCUUGACAGCAGCUUGGGCCCGAAAGUCACUGUGGCCCCAGGCCAC